GGAAUGGGAGGCCGAAUAGUCGUAGCCCUCGUGUACUGCGGCCUCCUCCUGGAGCUCUGCCACGGCGGCGGGGGGCUGCCGCGCAUCAUCAACGGCGGCAACGCCACUGCCAAACAGUUCCCCUACCAGGUGUUCUACGAGACCUUCGUGCUCGAGGACAGCUCCUUCUGGAGGCCCACCUGCGGAGGGACCUUGGUCUCCAGGCGGAUUGUCCUGACGGCUGCCCACUGCUUCGCGCUGGAUCCCUACAUCAAAGCCCUGAGGAUUUACCUCGGAGCCGUGGACAAGUCGAGCGCCAGCGAAGAGGGACAACGGCGAUUGGAUGUGGACCGCAGCUGCGUGGUGAUCCACGAGGACUUCCAGCCCCUCACGUGGCACAACGACAUCGCCCUCAUAAGACUGCCCAUUGAUGUGCCCUUCAGUGAGUACAUUCGGGCCGCCAGGCUGCCGCAGCCGACCAACGACUACGUGAACGCAGAGGCCACCGUCUCCGGGUGGGGUGCGUACCAAGCCUCGGCCAGUGGGGACCUGCUCUGGCACGAUCGCCUGAAGUACUACGACAUCGGCGUCAUCUCGAACGAGGAGUGCGAGGAGAGGCGGCGGCCCGUCUUGCCGGGGAUGUUCCCGGCAUCCUUCAUCUGCAUCGCCCCCAGCGGGAACGCGCCCUGCCGGAACGACUCUGGGGGACCCCUGGUGCUCAAGGACGGCGGGGACUUCGUACUCCUCGGAGUGACCUCCCACGGCCUCAGCCGGAACUGCACCACCCACCUGCCUACGGUCUAUACCAGAGUCUCUUCGUUUCUGGACUGGAUACGAGACCAUUCUGGGGCUCAAAUUGAGAUCUGAUUCAAAUAUAACGCCAGGCCAUAGGUCCAACCCAAGACA